UGGAAAGGAGGAGUAAGGGCUAAUAGGGAUCCAUCUGUCUGGUCUGCCCCAGUCUGCAUGAGGAAUAUAGACCAGCCUGACAGAGCCCAGAAGCUAAGGGUCACUGCAGUGUCUCUGCCAGCCUCACCAUGAACCUGGAGCCACCCAAGGCUGAAAUUCGGUCAGCCACACGGGUUAUAGGAGGACCAGUUACACCCAGGAAAGGACCACCUAAGUUUAAACAACGGCAAACCAGGCAGUUCAAGAGCAAGCCCCCCAAGAAAGGCGUCCAAGGGUUUGGGGAUGACAUCCCUGGAAUGGAAGGCUUGGGCACAGACAUCACUGUCAUCUGUCCGUGGGAGGCCUUCAACCACCUGGAGCUGCAUGAACUGGCCCAGUACGGCAUCAUUUAGUCAAUCCCGGCUGUGAGAGUCCUGUGAAGGAGACCUGAUGAAGACCCACGCUGCCCCCCCCCACCUUCUGCAAACCCUGCCCAGGAUCCCUGCCCGAGCCUGAGCCUAAAUCCCAGCCUGAGUCCCUAGCCAGGUUGCUCCCGGCCUCCAGGGGGACAACUUCAUGCCCUGACACCAGUUACCAAGAGCCUACAGCCUCCCCACAGGACACUCUGGUGACCUGAAUUCACAGGUAGAAGGAAGGAAGGGAGGGGGACCCAGCCCUGCCUCCUGUUCUUAUGUCUGAGCUCCCCAGAAGUGUUUCCCUACACUGCCUCCUGUGGACAGG